AUGCUUCAUCACUUCGAUCAGAACGCCCCGCUCAGUGUUGCUGUCAACGCAUCGGACACCGCCAUUAGCACCGUCCUACAUCAACAUACAAAUGGAGGCCGGAAACCUCUUGCUUUCUUUUCUAGACGUCGACAACCUGCCGAAGUUAAGUACAGCGCGUUCAGUCGCGAACUGCUAGCCGUUUACUCUACCGUUCGACAUUUCCGACACGUCCUCGAAGGUAACACUUUCAUUAUCUUCACCGAUCACAAGCCGCUUACCUACGCAUUCCGAAAUCAAUCAGCUCGGCAAUCACCAAGUGAGAUUCGUCAGCCGGAUUUCAUUGCCCAAUUCUCGACUGAUAUCCAACACAUU